UAGAAUUGAAGGAUUAUAAAUUUGCAUAUCGGAUCAGGGAUCUGAUAGGUUACAGCCAUCGGUGCCCUUCCCCGUGGUAAAUAAAGUGGCUGUGCCGUAGUUUCGGGGGGAAAUCCAGGGGCACUUUCUUCCAAACCUGUUGAUCACGACAGCCACUCCCCUCACUCUACAGAUCGCCACCCUUCAAUCUCUGCCUCAUUCAAAGGUCAGGUGAAAGAACGACGAGAAGAAAAUAUCAUGUGCCAGACUGAGCAAAAAGACCGGGGAUCCGCCAAGGAAUUCGCCGAUAAAUACUCUAUAACCUGUUCAACGGCUGACGCUACAUCGAUUCCCGAUUGGAUGGCUGAUUCAAUCAAUGGUGGAGCCUUGCAACAAGUCGACCUUAAUAACGGAACCAACGGUUGGUCUUCUCCCCCGGGUGAUCUCUUCUAUCUCCGUUCUCAAAGCUACCUGACCAAACGUCAAAAAUGCCCCGCCGGCGAUUAUUUACUCUCUCCCAUUGGUAUGGACUGGCUCAAGUCCGAUUCCAAGCUCGAUAACGUACUCGCCCGUCCUGAUAAUCGUGUUUCUAACGCCCUCCGAAAAGCUCAAUCCGAUGGCCAAUCUAUGAAAAGCUUUAUUUUCGCCGUCAAUAUCCAGGUCCCCGGUAAAGAUCUGUAUAGUGCUGUUUUUUAUUUUGCCACAGAGGAUCCUAUCCCUCCCGGUUCGUUACUUUACCGGUUCGUCAAUGGAGAUGAUGCCUUCCGGAACCAACGGUUGAAGAUGGUUAACCGGAUUGUUGAAGGACCGUGGAUCGUCAAAAAAGCGGUGGGCAACUAUGCGGCGUGCUUGAUAGGUAAAGCUUUGACGUGUAAUUAUCAUAGAGGAGAUAAUUACUUGGAGAUUGACGUUGACGUUGCUAGCUCGGCGGUUGCCAACGCGAUUCUACACCUCGCAUUGGGAUGCGCGACGAGCGUAGUAAUCGAUAUGGGAUUUGUAGUGGAAGGACAGACCGAGGAUGAGUUGCCGGAAAAAUUAAUCGGUGCGGUUAGAGUUAGUAAGAUGGAGAUGUCGUCUGCGACCGUAGUUGAUGCACUUACGCCAUCGGUUCAAACAGCGGCUGGGCGUGGAAUAGGAGUUUGUAAGGUAAAUGACCAUAAAUCUGAUGAUGGCGAAAGCGAUGAUAAUGACAAAUGAUGGGGCGGAGGUUAACGCACUUACGCCAUCGAUUCAGAGAGAGACGGGCCGUAGAACUGGACUUUCAAAGGUUAAACACCAUAAAAGCCAGCGGUGGCGAUGCUAAUGACAAAUGAUGCGACGGGGGUUAAUCUCAAAACCAUUUUUUAUCUUUUAAUUUUAAUUCCUUCUUUUCUUUUUCCACGUUACGAUAAUUCGGGUCCCUUUUUGGAGGAGUUUUGUAGAUAAUAAGAUCAAUAGCAAAUGGGUUCCCAUUUUUUGUAAUGAGAAAAGAAUGCCAUUUUUUAAA